AACCCCAACGACCGCUUAUAAAACCCCAAUUUCCCCCAAAUCGACGCCGCACGCCCUUCUCCAUCUUCUUCUUCUUCCUUUUCCGCCGUCCCCAUGGUUUCCGGCGAAGAAGAACAGAGCCUCGUCUACGGCGUCCGGAUCUCCUCCGUCGGUCCGGGCAACUCGAUCGGAUUGGACGGCGGAUAUCAUCUGAGCGGCCUCGAUUUGGCGAUGAAGCUCCAUUACAUCAAGGGAAUCUACUAUUUCGACGGCGACGCUAGCCGGGAGGUGACGUUCAUAAAGUGCAAUGACUGCGGGGCGCGGUUUAUUGAGGCGGAGUGCCGGAAGACGGUGGAGGAAUGGCUGCAGAUGAUCGGAGACGAUUCGUCGCCGCAGAAAUUGCUGGUUUCCGACAAGGUUAUCGGACCCGAAUUGCACUUCUCCCCUCCGGUUUAUAUGCAGGUGACGAGAUUCAAAUGCAGAGGAAUCUCAAUAGGGCUAAGCUGGGCCCACGUUCUCGGCGACGCCUUCUCCGCCGCCGCUUUUAUAAACUCCCUCGCCGCUCUCCUCUUCGGCGGCGCCGCCGUCACUCCUCUGUCGCCGCCGCCGCCGCCGCCCGGAAUCGGCAACAUCGCCACCACUCCGCCGCCGAAGCCCCCAUCCUCCGCCGCCGCGAAACCCCCACUCUCCCUCCGACGAAUCGACCCAGUCGGCGACCACUGGAUCCCCACCAACAACUCCAAAAUGGAAUCAUUUUCCUUCAAUUUAAACGCUACCCAAUUGGCCCAAUUGCAAACCCAAAUGCCCCGCCAAACCCCACCUUUCGAAUCCAUCGCCGCCGCGCUCUGGCAGUCCGUGGCUAAUCUCCGGCGAGGCUCCGAACCCACGACGGUGACUCUCUGCAAACUCGACCCAAUUAAGCAACAGGGGAAGAUAAUUGGGAACGCCCAAAAAAUCAGCACAGUCAAAUCCGGCGCCGCCGUCUCCGUCACUGACCGGAGGGAGCUGGCGGAUCUGCUGGUCGUCGGCGCGGCGGAGGAAGAAGGAGACCUGGUUGAGGAGGCAGUGGAGAGAGACAAUGGAGUCGGUGAUUUCAUUGUGUAUGGAGCCAAUCUGACAUUUGUGAAAUGGGAUGAAGCUGACUUCUAUGGAGAGGAAAUGGGAAUGGAUUUUGAGAGGCCAAAAUUUGUGUACUACGCCGUGGACGGCGUCGGAGACAGCGGAGCUGUGGUGGUGGUUCCGGGACUGGGUGGCAGCGGAGGGAGGUUUGUGACUGUGAUUCUGCGGGAGAAUGAGGAGGUGGGGCUGAAAGCUGAGUUGAUAGCAAAUGGAAUGUUAUUGUAACAUUUAAGGAUGGCGAGGAGAAGGUUGACUUUCACUGGCGAUGAGUGAAUAAUAUUUAAUAGGUAAAAACUCCUACUUUCUGUAGACCAGUAAUAAAAUAUCGGAUCAAAAAGUCAGAAAAAGAUUCUAUAUAGCAGUGUGUAAAUGGGUGUUUCCAAUUAUUGAGUGCAAGAAAUGAUGAAACUUUUAUAGGGGAGAACAUCUACUAAGAAUAAUGUUGGUAGGUCGGUAAUAAAAAUAUACCGUAUCAAAAAGUCAGUAAAAACUUUGAUAACGGUGUAUUCAUCUAUAUUUUUCAGUCUAAGAGUGAAAGAAUAUUUGGAAUGGGGGAAGAAAAUAAGAAAUGUUUGUAUUCAAGUUGA